AUGGCGACGUCGUCGAAUCCGCGCCCGGAGAUGCGCUACGGCAAAUACACAGAGAAGGAAGGAUACCUUCCGAAGAAGGCCAGCAUUCUACGCAGCAACCCCAUCUUCGGCGUGCAUAAAAAGUACCGCUACCUCGUCGUCCGUGGCUCCAACCUCAAAUGCUUCCGGCAGAAGGAGGACACCAGGCCCGAGUGGGAACUCGCCUUGCAGAACACCGAGGUGCUCGCACACCCAGAUAAACUUGAAAUUGAGAUUCGAACCUGGGCUGGGUCGGAGGAGUUUGCCGCAGAUAGCGAGGAACAGUAUAAUGAUUGGUACGAAACCCUCAGGUAUGCCAGUGAGAGGAAUAUCAAGCAUUAUUACGUUUUUGUCAGGGCCAUUGGGGAGGGGCACUUUGGAAAGGUUGUCAUGGCAAAGGAUAGGAGGACAAAGGAAAAGUUCGCCGUUAAGGUUAUUAAGAAGGAGAGCAAGGAACAAAGGAGCAAGACGCUCAUCCAGCGUGAGUUAAACAUUCUAAGAUUAGUCAAUCACCCAAACGUUGUCCGUUUGUUCGAUUUAUUCGAUGCCGAAGAUAGGCUCUAUUUCGUCCUCGAAUACAUGGCCGGUGGCGCACUUUAUGAAGUUUUGUCUUCCAAGACCAUUCAUUUUUCGGAGGAAUCCGCUUCCGUCAUCAUCAAAGACAUUCUUCUCGGCCUUGCCUACCUCCACGAAAAGGGCAUCGUCCAUCGCGACGUCAAGCCGGAGAACAUCCUCACCACGGCAAAGACAUGGCCUUUUACGUCCAAGCUUGCAGAUUUUGGGCUCAGCAACUUUCUCGAAUCGGGCGUCCUCGAGUCCAAGGUCGGAACGCCCUACUUUUGCGCUCGCGAAGUCGUUACUAGCGAAACGUACGGCACAAAGGCAGACCUUUGGUCCCUUGGCGUCGUCGCAUACGAAAUGCUGUCUGGUCGGAAGCCCUUUGAAGGCUCACAUACCCAGUCGGUUCUACAUACCAUUCAAAGGGGCAAAUACUCAUUCCCUAAGACGCAGUGGCAAUACAUCAGUGACGAGGCGAUUGAUUUUAUUUCCAAGCUCAUUUGCAUUGAUGUUAACAGGCGCUUGUCAGCCGUCGAGGCCCUUCAACAUCCGUGGAUUGUCAAUGAAGGCCGCAAUGAAGCGCUCCCCAACGCUCUUCCGCAUGCACUAACUCAGCCGAAGCCUACUCCGAAACCGGCGGAAUAUGAUGACGAUAUGGAUGAUAUGUGAUGCUUGUUCUAGGGCUUUAUUGCUGGUUCAUUAACUUUUCAAUACGUCGAAUGUAGGCAUCCUGCUUUUAAGCUAUUCUGGUGUUAUGCUCUUGUUUCGUACUUGUGUGGACAAAAAUAGAGCCGGUAUUGAGGGACGUCUCCCAGCCCGGCGCGGAGGUGUCCUUCAAGAUAAAAGCUCUGACAUGAUUUGAGAUAA